AUGCAAUUCCCUGUGGCACGUGAGCGUCCGUUGAAAACAAGACCAUCAAUCGAGAGUAUAGUAAGAGAAGCACAGCCGCAUCUCCAGAAGGUUGAACGAUCAUAUAGAGGGCGCGCAGAUGUCACACGUGGCUGCCAUAAUUCACCGUUCGUAGGUAAUCCCAAGCCGUGCUUCUCCCAGCAGCUACCAGCCAUACAGAAUCGUUCCAGUUUCGUCCUCCGGGCCAUACUAGUCAGGGAUAGUGGUGGUGGAAACGGUAAUGCCAACAGCAGCAGCCUCUCGCCCCGUAGUCGGUCCACACGUUUCCCACUAGUUCUCUUCGCAGGAUGCGUAUACAUAAUGCAGUAUCGCCUCGAGCCAGGCCACGUCAAUCCGUCUAUUCGAACAAAAAAGGAGCAUAUACAUAUACGCCUGCUGGACAACGCUGAGAAAUGGAUGGAAGCCGAAACCCAGAAGGAGAAUGAGAGGAGUCGAGAAGCUCGAACGGGGAUGACGGGUCAGUGAUGCGUAAGUUGAUUGCCAGGACGCCGCCACCGCGGCGCGCGCCUUCAUCCUUACGAGUCCUGUCCUUACCGUUCGUACUGCUUCUGCUUGAUCUCGAGAAGAAUAACUCAUCCCUCUCGAAAUAUUCUACCUUUCUCGGAGAUACUGGACCACUGUCGUUGAGAUUGCGUUAUUUGAAAUGCGUCGGUGGGCAUUUCUUUUAAAUACCUUCUUGACAGUGGGACGACGUGUUUGAUCAUGAGAGGUUGGAAAUUGAAUGAUUGGAUUUUGAAUAGAUUUUUUUUUUAGAUUAUGCGUACUUCGUUACCGAUCAUUGGUCCUGGUCACUUUGUAUAGGGUUUUUUCUUUUUGGAUUGGAUUUUAUCCUUUUAUUUUUAUUACUCGGAGCUUAUCUGUUUCGGCAUCUUUAAUAGAUCAGACUGCCUGCGUUUGGUUGCAGCAUCCGUAGACGCCACUGACUGCGCGAUCGGUCCAUUCCCUGGAUCUUUGAGAUCCUGUCGGGCUGGAGUCUCGUCGCCUUUGCGUAACGUCAUACGACGCGGUCGAUCUUUGUAAAACAAAUCGAUUAGUGCCUUUGCCGAUCUCUAUGCCGAAAUUAUUUAUUCCGACCGGUGCAUCCCUUAUGGAUGUGGGUCGGUACCAAUCACUCCCGACGUUACCGACGGAUCAUUUUUCUUCUUAUAAGAUUCCCACAUUGGAUUUCUCGAGGCUCCGUGACGAGUAUCGAUAAAAUCUGACGUGCGAAUCGACCUCUCGCGAAUGGAAAGGUCGACUCUGAAAUCAUUGGACGGUCCAUUGUGAAUGGAGUUGGAUGAAAUGUCUUUAUUUUUUUUUUAAUAUCACUUUUUUAUUUCAU